GGGGCGUUUGUAAAUAAAAGAUCAACCACGCAAGGUACAUGAAAACAUUUACGGUCCUCGUUAGUAAUUUUGUAGUAAUUCCACCCCUUUACCUACCCUGACCGAAAAGCUAUCAUGUCUGAAGAAAUUUCAGACAGCGAACAGCAAGAUAUACUGGAGCACAACGAAACGCUGCGGGCACUCUCUUCCGGUUUACUACAAAUUUACGAACCAAAACUCAAGAAGGUGAAAGACAAUCUUAAGGAACUGAUAAACAAGCAGAACGAUCUUCAAAUCGCCAUCGCGACUGAGAAACAAUCUUACUCCAGCCAGCAGAUACAGGAAGUCAACGAAAUGGUUCUAAAGACACGGGCAUACAAGGAGAAGGUGGCGCGAAUCAAAAUGCAAAUGCAUCAAAUACAUCAGCGUACAAAGAAUUUAAGGGCGAAAGCACUCGAAAUCCAGGAACUGAAAGUGAACCAAUGCGCAUCGAAACUGCAGCAGUUGCACUACGAGGAAUCGCUUGUAGCCAGCAGUAAACGUACGCCAAGGAAAUCUUAGUUGACUCAACAAACAGACCUCAGUUAAAUGUUAUACACUUCUACAAACCUACUUGAUACUUUCCCUAAACAAUCGAACAUCGAGAGGUGCGAUGAAAGAAAGCUCGUGAUUCUAAGUGCUACCAAAAAAAAAGGAGGAAAAACUGCAGCUUCGUCUGUCGGUUAGAUAUUGUUCAUCUUUCAUCAAUGCGAUUAAAAAAAAGACGGAAGAAAACUAUUAUCAAGGAGGAGAAUCUUAUCAAAUCAAUCAAAUAAAGCAACACAAUCAAACUGGAAUAGU